UCAAGAGUCGAAUUCACAGCACUCUGCAUCAGCACUUUGUGCUGGGCAGAGCUUGCCUGCACCCAGGAGGUACCCUGGGUGAGUGGGGCUGCUGGAAGAGCCUCCCCAGCAGUAUCCACAGACAGGUUGGGAGGAAACGGCCCACUGCUCAGCUGUGGGGCAGGUGCAUGAGCUGGUCUGAACGUGGCACUGCAAGCCUGAGAGCAAAGCAGAGAACUCUUUGUGGGAAUGCCCCUAGCAGGGACUCCUGCUCCUCUUAAAAGGAAAAAGCCCACAAAACUCAUUGGGAAGCUGACACACGAAGUCAUGCCGCAAGAGGGACUGAACCUGGGGAAGAAGAUCAGCAUCCCCAGAGAUGUGAUGCUGGAAGAACUUUCUCUCCUCACUAACAAAGGAUCCAAGAUGUUCAAAUUACGUCAACUGAGGGUGGAGAAGUUCAUUUAUGAGAAUAACCCCGAUGCCUUCACCGACAAUUCUGUGGAUCACUUUCAGAGGUUCAUCCCACCAGGAGGGCAUUAUGGAGAAGAUGCUCAUGGUUAUGGCCACGGGCGGAUGGUAGGAGGAGUGACAGCAGGGCAUCAUGGCUCCAGUAAGCAGCACUAUUCCACCGUUCCUCCUAGGCCUGGAAGCAAAGGAGGUCCUGGAGACAGCGAAGGGGAGCAUGCAGAAAAAUCUGCUGGAAGUGCUGGAGAAGGAGGUCACGGUACUGAGAAAGAUGGAAAAUCAGGAGGCAAAAAACCUCUGUUUAAAACUUACAUCUCCCCCUGGGAACGAGCAAUGGGUAUCAGCCCUGAGGACAAAAGUCAAAUGACCAUUGACUUAUUAUCAUAUAGUCCCAAAGCUGAUUUCCCCCAUUACAAGUCUUUUAACAGGACUGCCAUGCCAUAUGGGGGUUAUGAGAAAGCAGCCAAACGGAUGACCUUCAAAGUGCCUCAGUUCGACAUUUGCCCUUUGCUUCCAGAAUCUAUUGUGUUAUAUAAUCAAAAUUUCAGAAACAGACCCUCCUUCAACAGAACCCCAAUACCUUGGAUGCCUUCAGGAGAGUCCUCUGAGUACCACACCGACAUCAAUGUGCCGAGAAGUGGUGAAACAGAAGAGCUGUAAAUCCCUACCACAAAGUCUUUCUUUUUUUUCUUAGCCCUUUCUAUUUGCAAGAUGGUAGAAAGGAGCUGAAAAGUGCAACUCUAGUCCUGUGAGUCCUUUUUUUUUUUUUUUUUUUUUUUUUUUUUGCCUGUAGCCCCAACAAGUUCCUGGUGAUUUCUAAGCUUAAUGCUCGCUGUGGUGUUAAUCCAUGUCAGAAACAGUUUGAGGGAAAGGAGUUUUUAUUCACCGGGGCAUAAAAGGGCAAAAUUAGCAAUUUGUUUUCUGUUUAGCAAUGCUAAAUACUGCCUGUCUGCUUCAUAAUGAAUUUGUCAUAUAUUCACAAGUAAUAAAACACCAAGAUGAAAUUAAAAAA